UUUCUUUUUAACCUAAGUUGCGGGCUUUCGUCACAGCAUUGCAGGGACCACUUCACCCCUAGCAAACACUUAGGACACAACAACCAUGUUGCUCUCUUCAUUGCGGACAACGAUAUUUUGCAGCUGCAGACACGCUGGGAAGGGAUUUCAACACGGCAAUCGAAGUCCACAGCUGCGACAAUGGCUUGUGAAGAGAGGUCAGAGCACCAUCACAGCAGAGGUGGGGGCCUCCUCCACCCCGGCAGCAGCUACCGUCCCCAACGCUGCCACAAAUCGAAUUCUGGGUCGCUGGUUACUGGGCUGCAGCGGGCUGGUGGUGGGGGCUGUCGUCUUGGGAGGUGUCACGAGGUUAACAGAAUCGGGCCUCUCCAUGGUUGACUGGCAUCUGGUGAGAGAGAUGAAGCCACCGCAGUCACAGGCAGAGUGGGAGGCUGAGUUUGCCAAGUACCAGCAGUUUCCUGAGUUCAAGAUAAUGAAUCAUGACAUGACUCUGCCAGAGUUUAAGUUUAUUUUCUACAUGGAGUGGGGUCACCGCAUGUGGGGUAGACUAGUUGGACUUGCAUACAUCCUCCCCACAAUGUACUUCUGGAAGAAAGGGUACUUCAAUCGCUCCAUGAAGGGGAAGGUGCUCGGGCUCUGUGGAUUUGUCUUCUUCCAGGGCCUUCUGGGGUGGUACAUGGUGAAAAGCGGUCUGGAGGAGAAGCCCGAGUCUCACGACAUCCCGCGGGUCAGCCAGUAUCGCCUAAGUGCUCACCUCGGUUCUGCCUUGUUGCUCUACUGCGCCAGCCUGUGGACCGGUCUCACUCUGCUCCUGCCUGUUCACAAGGUGGCAGAAACCAAACAAAUCAUGCAGCUCAGGAGGUUUGCGAAGGGCACGGGUGGUCUCGUCUUCCUUACCGCACUUUCAGGUGCUUUUGUGGCUGGUUUGGAUGCCGGGCUGGUGUAUAACUCCUUCCCUAAAAUGGGAGAGCGAUGGAUCCCUGAUGAUCUGCUGGCAUUCUCCCCUGCUCUCAAGAACUUCUUUGAAAACCCAACAACAGUGCAGUUUGAUCACAGAGUACUGGCGGUCUCUUCUUUGACAGCGAUUACAGGCCUCUAUCUUUUCUCAAGGAGGAUGGUACUACCCCGGAGGGCCAAGAUCGCCAUCAGCCUCCUCACUGCAAUGGCCUAUGGACAGGUCGCCCUCGGUAUCAGCACCCUGCUACUGUACGUUCCCACUCCACUGGCAGCGACUCACCAGUCCGGCUCCGUGGCUCUUCUCUCGCUGGCCAUUUGGGUUCUGGCAGAGCUCCGCAAGAUGCCCAAGUAAACGCCUGCACCUUUAUGGACAAAUCCAAUCCCAACUAGCCACACCUCAAGCCCUCUUGGAGUCAGAAGUGUGAACUUCAACAUGCGUCCAGGAACAAAAAAAAAGAUAAAAAGGAUGCAUUGAAUGUUUAACUGCUCUUCACUAUGCAUCUGUUGAAGCCUUUACCCUGUAGUGCUGCAAAGUAAAACUCAUGCAGUGGUUUUGAAUUUGAUCAUCACACCUUUCCUGAAGCAGGGAUGUCAUGAGUGUCAGUGACUAAAAUUACAAGAACACAUCAAGGCUGGCAGUGAGGAAUUGACUGAACUCUUUUCGGAUGCAUGUUGUGAUCAGAGGAUGACAACUUGGUGCGAUGUGUUUUUUUUGGGGUUUUUUUUGCAAGGAAAUCAAACAAGGAUGCUGAAAACAAAACAAGCUACAUUUCCAUUUCUGUUCAGCUCUUAUGACGCAGAAGAAGGAUCUUGAUUGAAGGGUACAUACUUUAUCAGAAUCAUGCAGGAGUGUGUUAAGUUGACUGAUUUGCAGCUGUUUUUGUUCCUGUCCUCAGUUUAAACAGGAUAUUACUCUAUUUGUCACACACUGCCUUUAAGUUGAAUCAGAAGUGGCUUUUGGGAUUACAUGUAAAAUGAUGUAUAUUUAAGUUAUGAAACAUUGCUUUAGUUUGAUACAUUAUAUUGUAAAAAAUAUGUGGGGACUUGAUUUGUGCUUUGUACUGUACCUUUAAAAAUGUAAAGCUAACAUCUUGUCUUAUUUCAAUAAAGAUGAUUAUGUUACAGCUUUUACAA